AGUGCGUUGAAGACGGCGUUCGUAAGAAGGCGUCGUUCGACGCUUAUCUGUUUUCGAUUUAUAUAACUAGAAUAAACAAAGAAAAUAUGAUGUCGAUUAUAGAGACAUGUAAUUAAAGGUGUUGAAAGGAUUGAAAGAAGGAGAUAGAAGCAGUGUGGAACGACAAACAGAGUGUGUGUGAGAGAGAGAGAGCGCGAGAGAGGUAAGGAGAGAGAGAGAGAGGAAAAGAGGGAAGAAAUAAGAAAGUCGAAGCUAAAGCGAUAGUUAAAAAAAAACAAGAAAGAGAAUCUAAAUGGAAUAAUGACAAUGAACGUCCAACACGUCCUUAUUCCGUCUUCCGACUUUGAAACUCGCAGGAAUCCAACGUUUUCAAGACUUAUCUUCCGUUGUAGUUUCUGGUCCAAAUAUUGUGUUUUUGUUAUCAAUUUCUUCGUGUGGGUUCGUAUUUCCUAUUUACUGAAAGCAUCACUUGAUUACCCAUCUAUUUUAGACAUUUAACACGUUUUCUCUUUCACUCUAUAGACCUUUGAGAAAUGUGUAGAAUGCUUUCUCUAACAUUUUAAAGGAAAAAAAAAAAACAAAAUCUUAUCCUAGAUAUAUUAGUGUAUUAGCCUAUAUUUCAUUAUAUAUAAUUAUAUAAUAGCCUCAAAGUUCUCAUAUUAAGAGUAAAUAGAAUAAUUGAUGACUAUUAAUUAUCGUGCAUGUGUGUAGACCCUUUGGAAAUGCUUCAUUAAUUAGUCUUGAAUAAAAAAGUAGUUUUGAUAAAGCGGGGAACGUGUUUCAGAACCCUUAGAGUAUUUUUAACGAUUGAUUACGUACAGAGGUUAUUGUAAAUUGGAGUCACUUUGUCUAUUCAUAAUGAGUAAGGGUCAACAUUUUUUCAAUUAAAUCACUUAAUGCUUUGAAAUAAUAUUCCGCUUUUUUUGUAAGUAGACUAGAGAGUAAUAGCAAACAAAAUAUUCUAAUAUUACUUACAUAGACGGCUAAAGAAUAAUUUGCAUCUUAACAGGUGGGAGGAGUAUGUUUAAUGUCGGCAGGAGCUUGGGCUCAAUUGGAAAAAUCACGGUAUGACACAUUUAACUCGUUCACCAAUGAUCCAGCACUUAUUUUACUUCUAAUUGGGGUCAUAAUGUUUAUAAUGAGCGCGUUUGGUUGCGUAGGCUCAUUGAGAGAAAAUAUAUGCCUGCUGAAAACUUUUUGUUUAAUGACGGCUGCCGUUUUCGUUGGAGAAUUGACGGCUGGUUCAUUUACCAUUUCGCUAUCAAAUAGAUUGGAAGAAGAGUUGGUUGAAGAUUUGUACAAUGCGAUACAACUCUACGGUGCGGAAAAGAAAUUUACUGACGAUAUUGAUUAUGUGCAAAAGAGAUUCGAAUGUUGCGGUGCCAAAUCCUAUGACGACUGGCAAUUAAAUAAGCUAUAUAAUUGGUAAGUGUAGAAUUUUCUUCUUAUUAGGUAUAAAUAAGAGGAAAAAAAACACCCUUUUCUUUCUCAUAAAGACAACGAAUUUCUUUAAUCUUGUUAAAACUAUAAGAUUACCUCUUGGAGCUGAAUAAACAAACAUUGAUCAAUUAGGAGGAGAUUGAUAGAUUUAGCUUUAUGUGAAGGAACAAUAAAACCUUCAGCCUUGACACAAUCCUAUCGAUUUUACCAGAGGGAUGCGCUUAUAGGUACUUUUUUACUAUAGCAUUUUUUCUUUUUUAUUUUGAAUAAGUUAAACGAAAAACGAAUAAAUUUCCCUCUUAUUAUGUAUUUUCUCUCCUUUUUUUCUCAUAAAAAACUAGAAUAUGAGUAAUAUUAAAAAAAAAAUAGGACGAACUGUUAGCAACAGUGGAACGAACUGGAACGAAUUGUUUGUAUGCGCUCGUUAGCCACACUACACCCUAGGGAAAUGGUUUUACGUUAUCCUUUCCCUUUCUCUAUAAUUUGGUAAUUUUUGCCAACUCUUGAUAUUUUGAUGGCAAUUUAUUUCUUUUAAAAAAAUACUGACAACGUUUACAACUAUAAAUAGAUCUUUUCUAAACUAAGUACAGGUUCAUUUCAGCUAGAGGUAAUCAAUGAUUUAGCCCUUUUUUUCCCAAGGAUUCCUAACAAAUCUAUUUGUUUGCACUGAUAAAAAAUAUUUCAAUACUUCUUAAUGGUUUAGCAGGACAUAGACAAAUAUUUUUUUCAUUUGACGUUCGAUAUUAGAACGAUUCUUAUUAAUAAAAACGCUGCGAUAUACUGUAUAAUCAAGUUAUAUCAUAUUUGAACUAAUCUACUUUUCUUUAAUAAAAGUUCCGCAAACUUCCCGUCAAGAUGUGGAGUUCCAACUUCAUGUUGCAAGCUUGAUAACAGUCCUACUUGUGGCUACCAAACAAGGAUUAAUGGAGUACAAUAUGCUUCAUACUCCAUAAGAACAAAAGGCUGCGUUUAUUACCUCAUGAACGUGUUUAAAAAUAACUUAACUGUUAUCGGCUUUAUAGCCUUUAUUGUAGGGUUAUUGGAGAUAAUAGCUAUCAUUUUAGCUAUCAUGCAAUUAAAACAUCUAGAAAAAAUUCAAAGAGGAAGGUCUUCCGAAGAUGUACGAUUAAAGAUGACUGUUAGAAAGGUAUAUAAUUCUCAUGCCUCAUACGAUGAUGAACUUCGACGUUAAAGAAUAACUGCUUCUCAAACUGUAAACAAAUGUUAGGAAUUGUUAAUAUUAACUGUACAAAAAAAUAAAAAGAAAGAAAAGAAGAUAUUGGUGCCAUUUUUAGAAUGAAAUUUGAUUUUUUUUUUAACUCUCUUAUUUCAAUCUGUACAGAAAUAUAUACAAAUAAACAAUAUACAGA